GUCUGUUUACAUCUCCGACUUCACUUUGUUUUCUUUGAUUUUUCUCGCCCAAACGGACGCCAGACCCCGCGCUGCUUUAGGAGUGCCUGUUGUUGGAAAGCAGGAUAUACGGCUCAGUCGUCGCCCUUUUGCGACAUUGUUUUACAACCUUUUUGCGUCCUUUUUUGACUCUUUGGUUAUCUCACAAAGGCCGCCGUUGCGGCUUCCUUGUCACCAUGUCGCAGGACACCGGGCUGUUUAGCAUCAAGCGGCCCCGCGAGACUCUGGGGAGCGUCCAGAAUUAUUCAGCGCUCCCUCAACCCUCGUCGGCCCUGAAGCGCACCAGUUCCAUUGGCGGAUUCAACGCUCCCUUCACCUCCCAGCAUACGCGCAUGUCGUUGGUGAAUUCUGCCAGUCGACCAUCGCAACCUAACUUUACACGUUCCUCGUCAGGGGGGGCAUUUGGUGCCGAUGCCGGUCUUUCCUCCGUUAGGCGAUCCGUGUCGAGUAACAUGUUCCAUGGCCCCAGUGUCGGACGUCCCAGCUUUGCCCCAGGGCAACCUAUGUCGUCAUCGGCUUCUCAAAGUCUACAGCGGAGGAGCAGCGUCUUUUCGCGACCGUCUACGGGCGGUCCGAUGGGUCACCAGUCGUUCUUUACUCAGACUCCUUCGGUGGCCGGUGUGCCAAGGGACCCGCGACCGAUUAGAGACAGAUCUUUCCAGGCACGCAUUGGGCAGGAGCUUUUGGAAUACUUGACCCAAAACAAUUUUGAAUUGGAGAUGAAGCACUCGUUGGGACAAAACACGCUCCGUUCGCCGACUCAGAAAGAUUUCAACUACAUUUUCCAAUGGCUGUACCAUCGGGUUGAUCCCGGAUAUAGGUUUAUGAAGAGUAUGGACGCGGAGGUGCCACCGAUUUUAAAACAACUGCGGUAUCCUUAUGAAAAGGGCAUCACAAAAUCACAGAUUACCGCUGUUGGUGGUCAGAACUGGCCGACAUUUUUGGCGAUGUUGCAUUGGCUGAUGCAGUUGGCGCAAAUGAUGGACAGGUUCAUUCUGGGCGAUUAUGAUGAAGCUUGUGCGGAGGCUGGUGUGGACGUUUCUGGGGACCGCAUAAUCUUCCGCUUUUUGACAGGCGCUUACCAUGACUGGUUACAGGGCGGGGAGGAAGAGGACGAUGAAACCGCCGGGCAAAGACUGGUUCCUCAUGUAGAAUCCAUGUCCGAAGAAUUCGAGAGGGGCAACGAGAAGUAUGUUCAAGAAAUGCAGAAGAGCGCGCCGGAUAUGGCCAAGUUGGACAAGCAUUUCCGAAUUUUGGAGGACGACAAGAGAAAGUUCGAGGACUACAUUCAGAACGUGCAGGGAAAGAUCGAGAAAUAUGAGACGCGUAUCAAUUUUCUUGACGAGGAAGUGAAAAAGACCGACACGGAGCUGCAGGCGGCAGAAGAGGAGCGUAUUGGUCUCCAAGCCAGUGUUGACCGGCAAGGUAUCACCACCCAGGAUAUUGACCGGAUGAAUACGGAACGGGAGCGGCUCCAGAGGAGUCUUGAUGAUACGAUGGUCCGGCUGGAAGAAGGAAAUGCGCGGAUCAUGGAAAAGGAAGCCGAAGCCAGUCAAAAGCUUGAGGAUCUGGAGGAAAUUGUCAAGGCCUACAAUACUCUUGGCUACCAGACAAGCUUGAUUCCCUCGUCCGCCGUAAACGCAAAGGGAGUUGAGUUUGAACUCAGUCUCAAUGUCAAUGAGAACAGUUUCUCUGCGUCUCAAAUCGGCGGCGGAAACCGGAUAUCGACCGAAGGCGAUCGACUGCUGGCAGACCCGUUCACCGGCUACCACCCGGCACACUUGCUGAACCUGGACCUCCGGGGAAUCAUCCGUAGCAACCUGCAGAACCUGCGUAAGGAGAUCAACGAACGCCGCAAGAAUGCCAUCGAUGAUGAUAUGGAGCGACGGAACCUGCUGGACAACAUCAAGGAGGCCAUGGAUGAGAAGCGCAGCGAGGUCGAGGCUCUUGAACACAGGCGACGCGCCGCCGAAGAGGAAUUCGAACGCACCAAGGAGAUUACAACCACACAGAAGCUCGCAUCGGAUGCGCAAAUUGAGAAGAUGGAGAAGGAGCUGGCCAAGAUGCGGGCCACAUUGAGCGAAAGUGUGCAAUUGAUGGAACAGCGCGAGAUGAACACCAACAUCGAGUACGAACAACUAACGCUGCGAGCCAAUGCCCUCCGAGAGGAACUGCACACGAAUGUGGAGAGCAUGUUGAACGACGUCAUCCGAUUCAAGGUUCAUGUCCAGAAGGGUCUGGAAGACUACGAGAGUUUCGUGGUCGACGAAGUGGAACAAGAACUUGGCGGAGACCUACAACCAGCCGAUGAGAUGGACUUUGACGAGUGAAUGCGACUGAUACGACGAUAUUUUUGCCUUCUGUUUGGUAUUCCCGGUCUUUUCACGAAUCACGAUCCGUUCCAGUUCUGCUAUUUUCCUGCAUUGGUUGUAUAGAGGUGCUCUCUAGGCGGGUUUCCUAUGGUGCGAAGGAGCAUGGGUGUUUUCGGCUACUACUUCCUGGUCUUUGGUCUCUUCCGGUUGAUAUUCUCUCUGGCGCUCUGGUCAAUAUUGGAUUUGUAUUUGAUAAUUGAUACCAUUUGAACUUUCACUGUUAAUAAACUGUUUGCACGAUUUGUCUUCUGCAUCCCUGGAUAUCUCU